GGCGGGCGGUCCUGACGGGCGUCCCGUGGGGAGGUCUGGUUUAAGGCAGCACUGAGUAAUCUCAUUUUUCACACGUCUUCUGUAGUCACUACCAGCCCUGUCAGAGGAAAGGAGUUUGCUUCCUGUUAUUUCCGUUGAAAUAGUCGUCCUGGCCGUUAGCAGGCAGGCUUUGCAGGAUGGCACUUUGCAGAGAGGCCGGCUCUGGCAGGCUCUGCCCUGGGCUCCUGCUGCUGCUGCUGCUCUGGGCGGCUCUCGGGAGCGAGCUCCAUCCCGCAGGCACCACCAUGUCGGGAGACAACGAGUCUCUGGCUGAGCUCCAGAACCAGACGGCGACCGAGCCUGAGCAGCCGUACAAGAGCCUGCUCCUCAACAUGACUGCGGCGGCUCUCGGGAGCGAGCUCCAUCCCGCAGGCACCACCACGUCGGGAGACAACGAGUCUCUGGCUGAGCUCCAGAACCAGACGGCGACCGAGCCUGAGCAGCCGUACAAGAGCCUGCUCCUCAACAUGACUGCGGAUGAAAAGUACAAUCUGAUAGCCUACAUGUGCUGGGACAAUUUCAGUCACUGGAUGAUGAACAUAACCAGGGCGCAGCUGUGCGAAUGGAGAGUCAUCAGCAGGCCAUACAGCGACCUCCGCCACUGCCUGGAGACCUUCGCAGAAAAACAGAAUUACGGCUACCCCAACAGCAUCGCGGAGGAAUGCAUCGUCCAGAGCCACCGCACCUACUUCCUGAACUGCACCCAGGAGCACCCCGUGUUCCUCGACCCCCCGGAGGAUGUGCUGCUGGCCCUCAUCCUCGCCCCCAUCUGCCUCAUCCCUUUCCUGGUCACACUGGUGGUGUGGAGGAGCAAGGACGGCAAGAUGCAGUCCUGAGCACCACAGGGCUCGGAGGGUGCUGGAGGCAUCCCCAGUGUGUUAGAGAACCAGACCGGGCUCGAACUUCUGACCCAACCUGACCUUGUCCCCCGGGAGCCAGCGCCAGGCCUUUGCCUGCUGGCUGAGCUCCAGCGCCGGAGAGUUGGGAGACCCGAGUGCUCCACUCCUACCCCUGCAGCACUCGCUUCCGGCUGCCACUGGAACCACUGCCCUGCUCCCGCCGCUUCCAACCUGGCCACAAGCAGGAGCUGGCAGAGGCCCCGUCUUACAGGCCCGACUGCCAGGCCAGGCCCAACAGUUCGGAGACAUUCGGAGAGCCAGCCCAGAGCGGCCCCCUCCGAGCGCCUGGAGCAUCCUCUAUCUCUGGCUGAACACCCAGGGUUUGUACCACGCUGGGCCUGCUCAAAUGCGGUUACAGCUCUGGGCUUCCAAUCCCAGGCCUGCUAGACCUCGCCGACGCUGGCGGGGCAGGAGGGGAGAGCCCCGUGGGCGACUCUGCUCUGGAUCUCACGCCUGCGUAGCCCCCUGCUGGGGUCCCACUCGCAGCUCCCCACAGCUUAACAAGUGCAAACCCCUUCCAGGACAAGGGCUCUGCUGAGUCCCAGCUGCCCCAGUGCCCUGGGGAGGACGCCCUCCUGUCGGUCCCUGAUCUGCACUGAGCAGCUGGCGAGGGAAGCCCCGGGUGGACUGAUUUACAGAGUGGCCGCAGUUCCAUGCGAAGAGGGGCCAGAUGUACCCGGACGCGCCCACAUCCUCUGGAGAAACCCCCUCUCCUCACACGGCCGCUUUGCCUGCUAGGCCCCGCCAGCAAGAAAAGGUUGCUGUGCUCGGGCUGGCGUCAUGGGUGCAUGAAGGGGGCCCCUCGCCUUGCAUUGCUGAGAAAGCCUUGUGUUUCGGGACAGGAUGUCGUGCCAGAGCAGCAGGUUUCCCCACCCUGUUUAUGGGGCUCUGAUGCCUGGGGCAGGCUCCCUCGCCAUGUGACACCGGAGGCUGCGUUACGGGCUUUUUCUGAUCCCCUUUGCAAACAGGCUCCCUGGUUAACCAGCUGGAGAUUAAAGAUCUUCCCUUCCUGA